AUGUUGGGAAUUGCCGCAGUGCCGGCGAUCAUUCAAUUCGUCGGUUUCCUCUUCAUGCCUGAAUCACCGAGAUGGCUCGUCGGUAAAAAACGAUACGAGGAUGCACAAAGAGUUCUGCUGAGAGUCCGAGGGUCGAAUGCUAACAUUGAAGCCGAAUUCGAAGCAAUCAAAGCAAACUGCUUAGAAGUGGAAAGAGAACAAGCGUCUAGUGAUUCUUCAGUUCUGAAGAGAAUUUUGACACAUCCUUCUUUGAGAACUGCUCUAUUAGUUGGAUGUAGUUUGCAACUGAUUCAACAGUUGGCUGGAAUAAACACUGUUAUGUAUUACAGUGCGACAAUUAUUGAAAUGUCCGGUGUAAAGGGCCGUAGCAAAGUCAUCUGGCUGUCUGCCGCUACUUCUGGGAUGAACUGCCUUUGCUCUUUCAUUGGACUACUUAUUGUGGAAAAAGUGGGUAGGAGGAAAUUAACCCUUGGAAGCUUGUUUGGUGUGAUUCUAAGCUUAACAGUGUUAGCAGUCAGCUUUCAGCUUGCAGAACUACAUGGACCAGAUCUAACUUACCAUGAUCCGUCUACUGUUGGAACAACAUGUUUUGGAUACAGCUCGUGCUCAGGUUGUAUUGAUGAUUCAAAGUGUGGAUAUUGUUUUACUGAUUUUGAUAAUGGAACCGUUGAUGGCACCUGCUUGCCCUCAUUAGCUUCUAAUCCUGAUGUUGCUACUGUUGGACUUUGUAACACAACGCAACUCCCCCAUGACAUUACAUGGGCCUAUGAAUGGUGCCCAUCGGCAUACUCAUGGAUGACGUUCAUGGGACUUCUAUUGUAUUUAUUAUUUUUUGCUCCAGGGAUGGGAUGUAUGCCAUGGACUAUCAACGCGGAAAUUUAUCCUUUGUGGGCUCGAAGUACUUGCUACUCAAUAGCAACUUCCAUAAAUUGGCUCAGUAAUUUUGUCGUGUCCUUAACAUUUUUAAAUCUUAUGCAAGCAAUUACAAAAUAUGGUGCAUUCUACUUGUAUGAUGGACUUGCUGUCCUGGGAUUCAUCUUUCUCUUCCUGAUGCUGCCGGAAACUAAAGGGGUGUCUCUGGAAAAUGUCGAAGGCCUCUUCACUCAUCCUUGGUGGAAGGACGCCACAACGAGCGCCGAAAAGAAAACUGUACAAUGUCCUGUUGCAGUAUCAUUUUCAGCAACGAUCAAAAGUGUGGAUGAAAGUUCUUUCCAAAAGAAUGGCAUCUAGUCCUGCCCUUUUUUCUUAAAUAGGUAGAAAGCAGAUGUGCUAUUUUUGCAUUACUAGCCAGGUAUAUGAGCAAUGUCGUAUAACACUGUGCAGUAGAGUAGAAUUUCUCCUGUAGAAUCUAGUCGUAACAAAUUGUAAAGGAACGAACGAUUAUAUGAUGUACAUUUUCUUCAAAGUGGUGAUAUGCUUCUGAUGUUGCCAGCAUAUUACUAUCUCAUCAAACGAUUCCUAUGAUUGUUUUAAGAAGCAUAUUCUUCUAAACAGCCUUGUACAUGUUUAUACCACCCUGAACAAUUGUGAACUCAACUAUUUUACGAAGAGACAGUGUUGACUUGAAACGUGUAUAUAUGUAAAGAAAAAGGUAAUUGUAAUUUCUAUCUUUAUCUCAGAGAGAAAUUGUUUGUUGAAUUUUAAAUUAAAAAUCAUUUGCAGUUAAUGCAACAGUGAAACAGUAUUGAUGAAAAAUAUGCUGAAAAUGUUGUGGAUUGUAAAUUUUUAUUGUAAAUAGCUCAAAGUAAGUCAUAUGCUUUUACAUAACAAAUUAUGAAUUGUGAAUUAUAACAUGUAUUUGUAUAUUCAUUGAUUUUAUUUUAUUCUAGUUUGAUAUUAUUUUGAGAAGAUGUUGUUCAUUUUUUAUGCUGCUAGUCUUUGAUAAAUGUUUUGCGGCACUUGUUUUCUUUUUUUUCUUUUAAGAGCUUUUAACCUUGGUAAUUUUCGAAAGUCAUUCCUGGAAAAAGCUACGAAGUUGGAGACUCGAAUUCUCAAAUAAAGAAAAAGUAAUGAUUUUGGAAUUUGUUUCACAUUGCUAGCUGAUAGAAACAUAAAACAGGAUGUGUUUUGAGUAAGCAAAUUUUUCUAUUGCCAUAACAAGAGGGGGGGAUGAAAUUAGAACUUUUUUUUUAAUUCAAUGUUCUAACUAAUAAAAACAAUGAAAUUACUUUCCAAUUUCAGCUUCCUUUUUUUUCUGUACAUACUGCAGGGUUGUUGUAUUGUAUUCUGAAAAAAUUGAGCUUUCCUUUUUUUUUUUCAAUUAAGGGUCUAGAAAACUCAAGGUGUCCUUGAUUUUUCACAAGCCUGACAUAUUUAUUUAUGUUUUGGGUUCAUCUUUCUUUUUAAAAAGCAGUAAAUGAGGCAGUUGUGCUAUUUUAUUUUGUUGAAUUCUAAGCCAGAAGAAAACUUAUGAGGUUUGCAGUUGCUGAUAAAGAGCCAAGAAGGAUUUCCAAACAUUGAACAGAAACUUGGCUUCUUUGAAUUGUUGGAAAGAAAGGAUUAAAAUUUUUUGAACUAUCUUUGAGCACUAAAUUUCAUCGGUUUGAACUAAAUGAUCACUAUAUUAACAGAAUUAUAACUAAUGUUCUGUCUUAAAUGCUUCAUAAAUUUCAUCUUUGUAGAAAACGUAGGCUUUUGAAUGGUAUAAGAAAUUUUAAUGCACAAGAGUAUUUUUGUCUCUAUAUUAAUAUUAGGUAUUUAUGGGAAAGUUUUGCUUAAAGCUUUAGUAAAAGAAGAAAAAAUUAAAAUUUUAUAGAAAACCUUUUAAGGUGCAAACAAAUUUUAUGCCAAAAUAGAUCGAACGACCUUUACCCUACCUGAAGUACACAUUCAAACAAACUUUCUGUUGCAUUAUUUAUAAAGGUUUCCAGCAAAUUAAUGUUUCAAUUCAUGGAGACAAUUUGUUAAAUUGUGUGUGUGGCGGUGCUGAUACAAUCGAGAGUUGCUUAACCAGAAAAAAAAUUCAGAAGGUAUAUAAUGAGUUUGAGUCAUAGAAAAGGACUAAAUGUCUGUUCUUUGAAGUCCUGACAGGAUGUACCUUCCUAUGAUCAAUCGGCAGUGGCGAAGCCAGAUACAAACUUGGAGGGUGAUGUAAUAAGUUUUAAUCCUGUUCUAAGGUUUAAAAAAAAAAAAUUCUGGGUUUCCCAGGGAGAGAUCCCUUCCCCCAAAUCCUCCCGCUGGAUGCACUGCUGGCAUUUGUAUCCAGGAACUAUCAUUUUCUAGUUGCUUUGAUUGCCAUAAGCAGGGCCAGAUUUAGGGGAGGGAUGUCGGGGCUACUGCCCCUGGGCCUCCACAACAAAGGGGCCCCCACAGUAAAAAAAAUUUACAAAAUAUUCUGACUUUCAUGGGUCAAAAAAAUAGAAAAUAUCGGAUAUAUACAUAUAUAUCAAAAUAUUCGGAUAUAUAUAUCAAAGUAUCGGAUAUUUUCGAAAAAAUGAUUUUUUUGAACCCUGAUUAGGGGCCUCCACACUUCCAAAUCCGGCCCUGGCCAUAAGACAUCUAACAGCAUGUAGGAG